ACACCAGGGGCACCAGGUGACGUCACGACUGUGGUGCGUCGGCCAUACUUUUUGUUGUCGUCGGGAAGAAUCCAGCUGCCGGCGGUGUGUAUGUGUGUGUGUGCAUGUGCUUCCCCGUGAACCUGGAAGCUUGCACAGUUAGGCGAAGCACGGACCGAUCCGCUGCGAAAUGAACUGCAGCAAAGAGGCGCUGCUAGACGAGCUCACCGAUUUCGCGAACCAAAAGCCCGCCGAAAUUCCCUCGGUACUCGACGAAUACCUGUGCCACAUCGCGAAGACUGGCGACACUCUGUUCUCAUGGCACAAGCUGAAGCCGCUGCUAUGUCAAAAGCUGGAGCUUGUCAUGAACGAAUUCCACAAGGUUUCGCCGACGGAUGACUUACCAGCCUUACCCAACGUGGAGGUGUUCAAGUACGAGGAAAUGAAGGAAAAAGUAUUGGAGGCCGUCAACAGCUUUAACAGUGCACCGUUCACCAUCCAGCGGUUAUGCGAGCUUGUGGUUGACCCUAGGAAGCACUACAAGCGUACGGACAAGUUUAUGCGAGGCGUCGAGAAGAAUGUCCUGGUUGUGAGCACCAUUGAACCAAAAUCAAUUGCUGCGCUACAGCAAGCUAACGCUGCUGCGAUGCCCAUGGUCAAUGGUAUCCCCGGAGCGGAGGACAGCGGAAUCAACGGACAUUUCGCCGACACCACGGAGGACUCGCUUAAUCGCCUCGACGGUGAAAAUGGUCAUUGUGAGGAUGAGGGAAUCUGUGCCGAUGAUCCAGGUACCAACGUUGAGGUCCCUUCUUCUGCUGCUGCUGAUGACGCAAGCUUGGGUGAGGCGCCGCAGCCUGUCAAAGAAGAAGUCGUCGAAGAGCAAGAACUCGAGCCGUCGGCAGCGACUGAGGAGAGCAACAUGGAAUCGUCGUCAGAGUGCGAAAAGGAAAAAGAAGCUGAACCUUUGACAGUAGCAGAACAGGAGGUUGAAGUUGAUAAAGAAGUGGAGCCAGAAGCUGCAGAGGAAGCUGCGGUGGAGACACUGGCAGAAAGCAGCGAGUGCGUGCCGCCCUCAAAUGAUGAGGAGACUGCCACACAGGCCGAAGAACCCGAGAGAGAAGCUCCGGCAGAAGAAAGCGUCAUUGACAAAGACGCGGUCGAAGAGGUUGCUGAAGCACCAAGCGAAAGUGGUACGGAAAACAUAUCUGGCACUCGGGAGGAACCAUCUUCUGAACCUGCAGCUGAAGAGCUAUCUGUGCCAGCAGAGGAGCACUCUGAAGCCGACGCUUUACCGAUUCACGUUUCCGAGCCAAAACCAUCAGAAACUCCAAAUGUUGAAGUUGAGGAAGCCUCAGUGGAAGCGGACUGCUGCGACUCCAGCAUUUCAGAAGUGCCGGAAAAUGAGGAAUUAAAGGAGCCCCCGCGGAAGAAGUUUCACCCUGAACCCGAAGCGUGCACCGAAGACCAGGAAAUAGAAGAGCAAGAACAGCCGUCUUCAACAUCUGUGUCAAUGGAUGAUACCGUUGAAGAGGAAGCUAUGGAAAGUUCGAAGGCCGAUGCGUCACCUGUAGAAGACGGUCAAGCAGAAGCCAUGGACACAACGGCAGACAGUUCUGCCCAGAAGGACUCUCCAAUCGAGGAGGAGCCAGCCACAAGUCCCGACGAGUCUGCUAUGGAUCAGGACUGAACCUGCUGCUGUCUGUGCCGGCUACUGUGUUUACCCUGCCCCCUAUAUCACUGUGUACUUCAGCCAUUGCUCCACUCCUUCUUUCCAACAAUUCAAAUAUAUGAAUUGAUCUCGAUUUUUCAUAGGACUUCGAAGGAAAUAUAUGUUGCGCAUGAUCUUUUUUUCUCUGUUUUUUUUUUUUUCUUGUCCUGCUGCACAGCAAGAUUUCUCACUUCUUUCUCCCAUAAACGAGUUACAAAGCCUUGAGCAGCUAAGUUUGUAAUGAAAAACUAAAACAGCAUUAACUGCGAGCAAGACAUUGGCGCAAAAAGUACUUUGCGACCUGCAUGAAAACCGUACCACAUCCAAUCGCAGUAGUCGCGAGCCAGUGUUGUUGUGUGGUAUUUGUCCCCCUCAAAGAUUUCAUAGUUGUGUUUUAACUGUCCGGCAGCAGUGCUGUGAAACAACUUCAUUGCCUCGUAAAACGCAGAGGUAAUGUGUCAGUAGUGUGGUAAGGUUUGCGAUGAUACAACACCAAUACAUGGUUUCGUCAGAAUGUCAAUGAUGAAGCAUAUUGAUGACUAUGCAUUAGGUAAACAUGCAUUAAUGUACUCUGUGUAACAAAUCGCACCAGUUAAGGUGGCGCAAAAAUCUGGUGGCUUCACCCUGGUGUGUGCAUCAAUCACAUUGAUGGGUUUAAUGCUGCUGAAAGUUGAAGACUGGCAGUGAACCUCAAAUGCAUUUCAGACAAUUGCCAAAUUGCAUGGGGCAGUUCAAAGUAUAACCAUGCUUCCCUAAGUCUUUGGAAUUUUUUUUUUGGACCCCAAGAGUUUAUGAAAGUUGUCGCAACACAUAUAUCCGAAGGUCUGCCUUAGAUGUGGCCGUUUACUCGUUUUGCUAUUGCCCGGUGUAUGUAGAUUAAUGUCAAGAUUCAUCGGUUCUGAAAGUUUGCUUCUGUUGUACAGCACACCUAGCUGCUAUGGCUGCUACUUUGUCGAUUCUGUCCAGCUUAAGUUAGCGCCUGUACUUCCACAUUUAGCGGAUUAAAAAAAAAAUGUGCAUGUAUGUUGUAACAGGCGCUGUGUAGAGUACUUGUUUCAUUAGCACAAGGCAGCAAUGUGUUGGGACUGCAUCUGCUCACAAGUGCAUGCAAUGAGCAGCUCAUCUUCAUUUUUAUUUUAAAUAAAGUUUUUGUUUAUGCUUC